AUGACUGAACACGCCGAAUUGAACGGCGCUGCGCCAGCUCUCGAUCUCAAGGCUACCAAGGCUGCAUUGACCUCCUCGUCGACCUCUUCAAGGAUCUCGCAGCUUCGCACAGUUGAUGAUAAGAUCUCCCAAAAGGCUCUUGACAAGCAGAUCCAGUUGCAACUUCUCAAGCUCCUCUUCUGGACUCACUCCUUCUAUGGCGACCGAGAUUCACGACUGGCGGUGCAACGAUGUCUGAUCUCGAUCUGCAAGGAGGGCGACGCCGCUCUUCUUACGCCUCUUGUGGCCGCCAUCCGCCAAGAAGCCCUUAAGCCGGGCAUUGCGAGCUCCAAUGCCUUCGUCCUCCUCGAGUGGUGCAGUUUGUUGGCGCAAAACCUGGCCGGAACACCACACUGGGACAAGCUCGGCAAGGACAUAAUAGUGGCGGCAGCUGAUGCCUUGGACAAGUGCUGCUCGGCCUCAUCAAAAUCUGGUGUGGCCCACUCGGCUCUCGUGGUCGCCCGUCGUGGCAUUCGGAAGCUAGUAUCUGUGCCGGACAGCAGAGAGAAGACGAUAUCCGAGGCCGUACAAGUGCUAUCUGCGAAGGCUGCGCAGGCCUCUCCCAAGAACGCCAUCAUGCUCGGCGUGAUUGCCGGUGUGUGCUCGAGGAAACCCGAAGCAACGCCGAUCCUGGAACAGCAAAAAUCCCAUUACUUCAGCUUCUACGUUCGAGAGGUGAUAGGUUCCAAGACACCAUUACCAAAACACCUGGCAGCUGGCCUCGGCGACUUCUUCUCUGCAUUUGUGACGCCUGAGGAGUUCGAGAAGGAGAUCGUAACGCCGUUGGAAAAGGGGCUCCUGCGUGCGCCUGAGAUCGUUUUAAACGACCUCAUUACGCCCCUCGUCAAGAGCCUGCCAAAAGAUUGGGAUCUGUCCAAGGUUCUACAGGGGCAUCUGCUCAAGUCUCUACUAUCCAACAUCAAGUCAUCAAAUGCCGUCAUUCGAUCUGGGGCUGUCACGGCCUUCCGCAUUCUGGCAGAUAAAUGCCAUGAUAUGGUUCUCAUGGAGAAAGUCGCAGACGAGCUUUUGUCCCCAUUAAAAAGUGGCAAACUGGCUUCGCCUGACCACAGGAUCCUUCACUGUGAGAUGCUGUCAGCGUUGCCUAUGUUUGGAGCCGUUGCUGCCAAGAUCGUCGGCGGUCUGCCAACCCCUAUUGGCAAGGAAGGCAACGAGGCUGCACUGACUGCGGAAACUUCUGUCUUGAGCGCCUCUGUCAAGGUUCUCAUGACUGAAGGCACGGAGAUACCCAAGACUGUUACUGAUACAUAUGCAAAAGGCCUCGCAGACAAGAAGCUGUCGUCACGGCGAAUCUGGGUGCUGAGUGUAGGGGACGUCCUGAAUUCUUUCGAAUCUGGCGAUACCCGAACUCCAGUGUUCGUCAAGUUCGCCGAGUCCGUCCUGCCUGCUCUCUUCACUACCUACAACGACGUUCUGAAAAACCCUCUGAAGUCGUCUCAGGACGGUACCAUAACCGCAGCUUAUGUUCUCUGCGCUGUCGCUCCACCUCUUCUUGAGAUUGAAAGCAAUGAGAAGCUCAGCUCUUUGCUCGGACAGUUUUCUAUAUCGAAACAGUGUUUGAAUCUGGAGCCUAAGCCGUCUUUCCUCCUCAAUCCACGUGUCUACACCAAAAUCACGUCGGCUGAAGAUGCGCGGUGGCUCUCCAGAGCACUGUCAGCUGUCGCGUCGUCAUUGCCAGACCACAUCUCUGGACCCGCUGCCGUCAAUACCGCUUGGGUACACGCCUUUCUGUACCUAAUCUGUACUACGUCCCUGAGCACGAGACUCCAAAAAGAGUGCGCCGACACUCUGAGCAAAGUGUAUCUGUACAACGUCGAAAAGAUGUCCAGGAUCGUAAUUUCUGGCAUAUGGGAGUGGAUAGAGUCCGUCAACAGUGGCGACAAAGAGAGCGCGCCUCUGCUGGCCAAGGCUGACAAUAGCAACCUACAAGUUGCUCUCAGGUCAAUAUGUCUGACAUCUGAGGAUCUCAAGAAGGCGGAUCAGGAACCUAACAAGGCACUGCUUGAGGAGCAAAUGUGCUCCUUGCUUGUUCUCGCGAGACCGCAACUGAUACCUCGUUCCGCCUGGAUUGACCUGUGCUUGCGGCUUAACUUGGAUCCGGGCGAUUUGGCAAGAAAAUAUGAAACGGCCUUGCUUGAUGAAGUUGUUAGGCGUUCGGAUUUCUCACAACCCGCCCCUGUGAAGGAAGCUGCGUAUGAUGCCGCAGCAGAGCUCGCCUUCGUCGCGCCAGAAACCAUGACCCGGAGGAUUGAAACGCUCAUCCGAACUGAUCUCAACGUCGUAAAGCUGGCGGACAUCGGACCGCUGGAAGCGGCCAUCUUCCGGACGCCAGAGGGGACAGCAUUCGUGGACGUUCUUGCCAAGAAGGAGAACGUUAUCCCCAACAAGAACGUCAAAGACUACGAUACUCUGAAGUGGGAAGAAGAUCUGAGAGCCCAGCUGGCAGCGAAGAAGGGGACGCAAAAGAAGCUCACGGCAGAUGAGACGGCAAAGGUGAAUGCCCAACUAAAGAAAGAGGUCGAGAUACGAAAGAGUGUUCAACACGUCGCAGCUCAAAUGUUGAGAGGCAUUGGUGUUGUUCGCAGUCUCGCCACUGGUCCGCCCACCGACGCCUCCCUAUGGAUGGGCGCUGCUGUCAAUUCACUGCUGGAUGCUCUCGACGCGGGAGCAAGCUUGAUUACCGGAGACGCCGGCCCACAGGCCUAUAUUGCUUUGGCUAAUCGGAUCUCAGACCGGCUGGGAUCUAUGCGCCCUUUUGUUGGGAUCGCAACAUUGAGGGCGCACGAAAUCUCAAGUCUCCCUGAGAAUCUGCAGCAGGAGCCAUUCGAGGACCUAGUGACUCGUGUCCUCUACCGUCUGCGCUUUGCGGGAGAACAACGACCAUUUGACACUGUCUCGCUCAUCUACAUAUUGCCGUUGAUCCUCUUUGUCAUCCACAGAGGUGGAUUUGGAAAGACACCAGAUGACCGCGAUGCACAGCUGGUAUUGGCAAUUGAAUUCCUGUCAUUCCACACCAGCGUUUGCGAGGACGAGGCAAUUCCGCGAUUAGAGGUCUUGUCUAUGCUCAUCUUCUCGAUGCAGCACUAUGCUCAGCACUACAAGAUUGCAAAGGACUGUUUCGCAGAUCUUGUGCGCUGUAUCGCGCCAAAUAUCAGCCGCGAUGAGGUAAAUGUUCUUUCCAGAGGGGCCAUUGUACCACAAGCGUCUGUCAAGACCACGGUGCUACAGUCUAUCAGCGCUGAGGUCGACAUGAGCGAUUUGGGCUUUUCACAAGAGAUUUGGCUGGCAUGUCACGAUGACGUCGACGAGAAUGUGGAACUCGGCCAGGAAAUUUGGCAAGAGAGCGAUUUCCAUGUCUCAGCUGAUGUUCCUUUGAUGAUGCUUGCCUAUGUAGAGAGCCAGGAAAUUCAGUUGCGCCGCGCCGCAGCGAAGUCUCUGGCCGAGGCGGUGAGCUUGCACAAAUCGACAAUGCAGGAGGUUCUUGAGAAAUUAAGGGCGUCCUACGCAGAGCUCGCCAAAGAGAGGAAGCAGGAACUUGAUGCAUUUGGCAUGCCGAGGAAGAUGGACCUAUCUGAUCCAUGGGAGGCCAGACACGGCAUUGCUUUCGCCUUCAAAGAGCUUGCACCGCAUCUUGAGAAGUCUCAACUUGAUGACUUCUUCGCCUUCCUCAUCGAGUCAGGUCCGCUGGGUGACCGAAAUGACACUGUGAGAGGCGAGAUGCUAGAAGCAGCGAACAAUGCCAUCACUGUCCACGGCAAGGCCAUAUUGGAUAAGCUGAUGCAAGCAUUUGAGCGGACACUCGAGGUGCCUGACAAGGGCUCAGCCUUUGGCGACCGAGUCAACGAGGCAGUGAUUAUUAUGUAUGGUACGCUGGCUCGGCAUCUCAAGCCAGGCGAUGCCAAGAUAUCUGCUGUCAUCGAUAGGCUUUUGGUCACACUCAGCACGCCAUCCGAGACUGUUCAGUACGCUGUGGCUGAAUGUCUGCCACCUCUCGUCCGAACCUGUGGCGACAAGUCGUCCAAAUACUUCGACCAGGUCAUGGAGACUCUUCUCGCGUCCAAGAAAUAUGCGGAGCAGCGUGGUGCGGCCUAUGGUCUCGCCGGCCUGGUGCUUGGCCGUGGAAUCACGUCUCUCAAGGAUUACCGCAUAAUGAGCACUCUCAAGGGCGCUAAUGAGAACAAGAAAGAGGUCAAUCAGAGGGAGGGUGCCCUCUUGGCCUACGAGCUCCUUUCGUCCAUGCUUGGGCGUCUUUUCGAGCCCUACGUCAUCCAAAUCGUGCCGCAGCUGCUUACAGGUUUUGGCGAUGGUAAUGCGAAUGUACGCGAUGCCGCAUUAGCUGCAUCAAAGGCUUGCUUCGCUCAUCUCAGUCCUUACGGUGUCAAGAAGAUCAUGCCUACUCUGCUGUUCGGUCUGGACGACGACCAGUGGCGCAGCAAGAAGGGGGCUUGCGACCUGCUAGGAGCCAUGGCUUAUCUUGAUCCUCAACAGCUGGCGCAGAGUCUGCCGGAUAUCAUUCCGCCAUUGACUGCUGUCCUCAAUGACAGUCAUAAAGAGGUCCGUGCUGCCGCGAAGCAGAGUCUGAAGAGGUUCGGCGAGGUCAUCAAUAACCCUGAAGUCAAGAGUCUGGUGUCUAUCCUCCUCAAAGCCCUUAGCGACCCUACAAAGUACACAGACGAGGCACUGGAUUCUCUCAUCAAAGUUCAGUUCGUGCACUACCUGGAUGCGCCGUCGUUGGCUCUUGUCAGCCGCAUCUUGCAGCGUGGUCUAGGCGACAGGUCUAACACGAAGCGCAAGGCAUCUCAAGUUAUUGGUAGCUUGGCACAUCUCACCGAGAAGAAGGACCUUGUUGCCCAUUUGCCUGUGUUGGUGGCUGGCCUCAAAAUUGCUGUCGUAGACCCUGUGCCAACCACCCGAGCAACUGCCUCAAGGGCACUGGGUUCACUGGUGGAGAAGCUAGGCGAAGAUGCUUUGCCGGAUCUCAUUCCCCAACUCAUGCAGACCCUCAAAUCCGACACUGGUGCUGGCGACCGUCUUGGUUCUGCACAGGCACUGUCCGAAGUCCUCGCAGGGCUUGGCACCUCCCGUCUCGAGGAGACUCUGCCUACCAUCCUGCAGAAUGUCGAAUCUUCCAAGGCUGCCAUUCGCGAAGGCUUCAUGUCACUGUUCAUUUUCCUGCCUGUGUGCUUCGGAAAUAGCUUUGCCAACUACCUCGGCAAGAUCAUCCCUCCCAUCUUGGCUGGUCUAGCAGACGAUGUGGAAUCGAUCCGCGAGACAGCCCUACGAGCCGGUCGUCUGCUUGUCAAGAAUUUCGCUGCUAAGGCUGUGGAUCUUUUGCUUCCCGAGCUUGAGCGUGGUCUGGCUGAUGACAGCUACAGAAUUCGACUCAGCUCCGUCGAGCUUGUCGGUGAUCUGCUCUUCAACCUCAGUGGCAUCACAGGCAAGGAAGAUGUCGAGGAGAUGGAGGAGGAGACCAUCAGAGAAGCCGGUACAUCCCUGCGCGAGACGCUUGGCGAAGAGAAGCGCAACAAGAUUCUAUCGGCACUCUAUGUCUGCCGCAACGAUACUGCCGCCGCCGUUCGCGCUGCAGCCAUUAGCGUCUGGAAGGCACUGGUAUCCAGCCCAAGAACGCUUAAGGAGUUGGUCCCAACUCUUACCCAACUUAUCAUUCGCCGCCUCGGCAGCGCCAACAUGGAACACCGUGUCAUUGCCAGCAAUUCCCUGGGCGAACUCAUUCGCAGGGCUGGCGACGGUGUUCUUGCGAGUCUCUUGCCAACCUUGGAGGAUGGCCUGCAGACUUCGACCGACACAGAUGCGCGACAAGGUAUCUGUCUGGCUCUGAAGGAGCUCAUUUCAUCCGCCUCCCCAGAAGCUCUCGAAGACCAUGAGAAGAUUCUCAUCUCGGUUGUCCGGACUGCUCUUACCGACUCGGAUGAGGACGUCAGAGAGGCCGCGGCUGAGGCUUUCGACUCGCUGCAGCAGAUCCUGGGCAAGCGCGCUGUCGACCAAGUGUUGCCAUAUCUGCUUAACCUUCUGCGGUCUGACGAGGAUGCGGACCAUGCUCUGCAGGCUCUUUUGACACUGCUCACGGAGACAACCCGAUCCAACAUCAUUCUGCCAAACCUCAUCCCGACUCUCAUCGCUCCUCCAAUCUCCGCAUUCAAUGCAAAGGCGUUGGCGUCCCUGUCCAAGGUUGCAGGCGCUGCUAUGAACCGUCGCCUGCCUGGCAUCAUCAACUCACUUAUGGACAACAUCAUCAACUCCACCGAUGAUGAACUGCGUGAAGACCUCGAUAAGUCGUUCGACACUGUCAUCUUGUCCAUUGACGAGUCUGAUGGCCUGAACACGACAAUGAACGUGCUCCUUCAGCUUAUGAAGCACGAGGACCACCGGAAGCGGGCAUCGACAGGACGGCAUCUUGCCAACUUCUUUGCCCAGACCGACGUAGAUUACGCUCGCUACAACCAGGACAUCAUCCGUGCCCUACUUAUCUCUUUCGGUGACCGGGAUAUGGAGGUCGUCAGGGCUGCUUGGGGUGCAUUAAGCGAGUUUACCAAACAUCUCAGAAAGGAAGAAAUGGACGCACUCGUUUCAUCCACGAGACAGACUCUUCUCCAAGUCGGCGUCGCUGGCUCCAACUUACCUGGUUUCGAACUACCCAAGGGCAUCAAUGCCAUCCUGCCGAUCUUCUUGCAGGGCCUCAUGAACGGAACGCCCGACCAAAGGACAACAGCUGCUCUCGCCAUUUCCGAUAUUGUGGACAGAACAAGCGAGGCUUCUCUGAAGCCUUUUGUUACUCAGAUCACAGGUCCUCUCAUCCGUGUCGUCUCAGAGCGGUCAACGGAUGUCAAGUCCGCCAUCCUUCUUGCUCUCAAUAACCUGCUGGAGAAGAUGCCAACUGCGCUCAAGCCAUUCUUGCCUCAGUUGCAACGCACCUUUGCCAAAUCCCUGGCCGAUACUUCAAGUGACUUACUUCGGACACGUGCGGCUAAAGCCCUGGGUACUUUGAUCAAGUUCACGCCUCGUGUCGACCCUCUCAUCGCCGAGCUAGUGACCGGCUCUAAGACAUCUGAUCCUGGUGUCAGAACAGCCAUGCUCAAGGCUUUGUAUGAGGUCAUCAGUAAAGCAGGCGCCAACAUGGGCGAGUCGUCUCGGACGGCUGUCCUCGGUCUCAUCGACAUGGAAACAGAUGAGCGUGACGACAACAUGACUAUCACCAACGCCAAGCUCUUUGGCGCUCUCCUGAAGAACGUGCCGCCAGAGGUGGCAACCAAUCUGCUCAAGAGCAGGGCCAUGACCACGAAUUUCAGUCACACAUCGGUAUUGACUCUGAAUGCUGUGUUGGUAGAGUCACCGUCAACGUUGCUGGACACCCCGCUGGCUGAGGAUCUGCCCGAAUUGCUGUGUCAAGGCAUGUCCCACAAAGAGCCUUUCAUUGCAGACAACUUCAUCCUGGCAACUGGCAAAUAUCUCCUGACCGACACACCAAAGUCCUUUGAGUCGACCAAAUCAAUUUUCGAAUCCCUCGCCAUCCUCAUCCCACCCGGUGGACCCGUCGAUGCCCGCCGCCUCUCGCUUGUAGUGGUGCGCACAGUGUGCCGCGCCAACAUGGACAUGGUCCGUCCACACCUUGGCCUCCUUGCGCCUCCCAUAUUCGCAUCGGUCCGUGACAUGGUCAUCCCAGUGAAGCUUGCAGCCGAAGCCGCAUUCGUCGCAAUCUUCAACGUCGUGGACGACGAGAGCAAGAUCUUUGACAAGUUCUUGGCCAGUGACGUGGGCACUGCUCUUCCUGCCAAUACCAAGAGGAGCAUGGGCGAUUACUUCAAGCGUGUGGCGCUGAGAUUAGGAGCUCAGGCUAGGGAGAGGAGAGAUGCUGAGGGCGGUAUGACUGGGUGUGGUGGACCUCGUGAGGGUUCGUGAGCUUCGAGAAGAUACCAAUGGGUUGUUUGCUCUCUUCUUUUUAUAUGAUUCAAUGCAUGGCAUGGUUACCAAUUGCUUAGGUUCAAAGUUUGUAGUUGGAUGGGGGAGGGAAAAAAAGCACAUGGCUGGAUUUUAAUUUUUCGAAAGUGGACGAAUUGAUUUCCAGGUCCCCAAGAUAUGGUCAGAAUGACAGCACUCUUGCCAG